CGGAAGGAGGUACGUCUUUCAAACGUUCCGAUGGUGCUACAUCUUGCUGCCGCUAUACGUCUGCCUACAGUGGCAGUCACAUUUUCAAUGGAUAAAUUAUAUAUUUGUUGAGAUGGCAACAAUUUGUUUUUGUAUAUCACUGAAGUACAUAUCCAAACAGAUUUACCUAAAGCGUCAUGGAUAAUCAAAUUGAAACGGCUCUGUGCUGCUCAGACAGCAUUUCCCAGACCUCUGUCACUAUCUCAGACUUCUCAGAUGAGAUUUUACUGAAUAUCCUGCGAUUCAUUCCAAGCCAUGACCUGAUGCUCAAUGUGAGUCAAGUGUGCCGGAAACUUCGAACUCUCUGUCUGGACAAGAGCUUGAGAGCCCAUGUACACCUGCAUAAAGAAUACACAGCAAAUGACGAUGCUGUGAAGCAGCUCUUGAAGAACCUUUCCGGCGACAUCCAGACUUUAAACCUGAGCGGCUGCUACUGGUUGGCUGGCUCUAUGGUGGAUCAGGUCACCCGCUGUAAGGCUCUAGUCAGCCUGGACCUUACAGGCUGUCGAUUGACAUCAGUUCGCCUCUCGCAUCUGCUGACCUCUCUUCGUUCUCUACGCUCAUUGGCAUUGGAUGUGGGACCGGGGUUUGACCUCCAUCAGCUGAGCGCCGAGGGCAAGUCUGCUUUGGCACGACUGCAGGAGCUCAAGCAGACAUUGUUGACUCCCUCGUACGGUGUGGUGCCGUGCUGCAGUGCCCUACGCCGCCUGCACCUUUAUCUAGAGGCCAGCGAGGGCUGGAGGGAAGCGGGCGGUUGCGCGCAGCUGAUGGUGGGUCAGAGCAGCGUGCCACACUAUCAGAAUCUGCGUUGGUUCUCUGCACGCCUGGCGCCUGGUGAAGUCAAUCGCACUCUGUUGGCACUCUACUUGGCUGUUUUCAGUAUGAGAGUCCCGGAGGGUCUUACAGGACUGGUACUGUUUGUGCCGGGCCCCGCACCGCCAAGGCCGGUUGCAAUGACGGCGCUAAUGGAGAGCAUGGCGUCGACGGUGGGAAACACCGUUAGCGCUCUCCAGCUUCCACGUACGUGGUUGGAUGGUGCUAUACUUGGGCGGGUCUUGGCGCAUGGCUGCCCCUCUUACCUAAAUGUCUCACGCUGUUCAUCUCCAGGGUUCAACCCUCUACAUGUGCUCCUUAGUGCGGGUCGUGACCUCAAACCCUUAAAGAGUCUCAACGUGCGUGGAUGUGGCCAAGGGCCUCUCGCCGAGAGCUGUGGGAAGGGCGAGGAGGAGAUGGAUGCAGAGAGUGUCAAAGCGCUUACUGAAUGUUGCCCACAUCUUAUUCACCUUAAUUUAUCUGCCACACACUACCACCAUGCUCUUCCUGCUGGGCAGGAUGGACACUUGUGUGGCGCUUUAGGGCGUCUCGCUGCCUUGUGCUCUUUGGCACUUCCGGUGUGUGCCUUGGCACAGUUCCCACCAGCACCUGUGAACAUUCAAGACUCCAACACAGACCACUCCUCAAGGUCACUACUUCUCGGGCUUAAAAAGAGCAGCCGCAUCGGUGUGCCCACAUAUCGACCAACAACCGAGGUCACCGUGGAUCAGGGCGAAGAGCGGCAGGAUAGAGGCUUGUGCAUUCAGCCUCUGCUUCACGGUUGCCCGCAUCUAGUGGAGCUAGAGCUGAUUGGCGCAGGGUUUUCCUCUGCCAUGCCACGCAAUGAGCCGGCCAUCCGCAAGGAUCCUGCCGCAUGCCGCUGGUCCUACAAUGUCGGAGAUGGUGAGUUAGCUGCUUUGGGAGCGAUGAAAUUUUUGCGCAAGCUUACCCUCGCUCACUUACCGGGAGUUCUGAAGGGGACAGGACUGAUCGAGCUGGUUCAGGGGUGCAAGGACCUUUGUUCGUUAUCACUUGCAAAUCUUGGAUCUUUAAAGACCAUGAACUACACGCAGGCUCUGCUGGAGGCUCUUUCCUACUGUACACAACUCAGGGACUUAAGGCUGGAGCAGCCCUAUUUUAAUGCGAGCGCUGCGUUUUUUGAAGCACUCAGUCAGUGUCACCAACUGCGGCGUCUGUGUUUGGUUUCUCGACAUGGGACCUUCCAGCCCGCCGCUGUGGCGUCCUUCAUGCAGAGCUGCGCUGACGUCAUCAUGUGCCACAUGUUCAUGGGUGGUACCCUAGUGGCCUGUAAAACACUGCAGAAAACCCUGCUGGACAGUUUUUCAAUAUCUCGUCCAGCCCUCAGUGUGGUGAUUUACCCUUUACUGCACGAGGAUCUGGCCCAUGUGAUCAGAGGUAUGCCACUUUGCCAUCUGGACGAGAUCACACUUUUCAAAAGCCGCGUCGCUGAGGAGCCCAUGAAACAGUGACAUGAGGUGAAAUCAGAAAAUGGAAAUCAUGUGUUGGAUAAACCUGAGUAAUGCUUGACCUGUGCAAUUUUGUGUGAGAGAGGUCAGAGUUAUGCAUUGUAGGGAUUUUCCUUUUGUUUAUUUAAUAAAAAAAAAUAAUAUGUUAGCAAUCUGGUGAAAGGAUUCCAGGAAAACCAUUUGUUUGGAUUUAAAAGAUCAUUGAGCUAAAUGGACAAUCGCAACGUUUAAUAAGGUCAUUGUUUCCCAGUAAAGAUGCAGUGUAAACAAACUCUUUACCAGGUUGAAAUGUCAUCUCUGUAAAUGUGCCAAAAUAAAACCUUGUUCACAUCUUCA